AUGUUCAUUCACGUCCCACUCCCAGUCCCAACUCACCCGCAUGAAGUUGAAUCACCUCCAGCACUUUCCGAGAAGAACCAGACUUUAUACGACUGUGUCCUUGAACACUUCUCUACCGAAGAUUAUGCGCUUCCGGAUAUCGACCAGGCACUGACGGUGGAUGAAAAGUUCUGGCUGUCAUAUGAGUGUCUUUUGAGAUAUCUACGUGCUACCAACUGGAACCCAAAUACGGCCAUAAAGCGCUUAGAAGAUACGCUCAAGUGGAGACGUGAAUUUGGGAUCUACGACAAAAUCACUCCGGAAUAUCUCGAACCAGAGGCAGCAAACGGGAAAGGGUUUCUCUUCAGCUACGAUGCUCACGGUCGGCCUGCCGUCCAUGUGAACCCCUCAAAGCUGAGUGCCGAAGAGUCACCCCGUACAAUCCAGUUCGUUAUCUGGAUGUUGGAACGCGCCGUUGACCUUAUGGGUCUAGGUGUUGAGACCCUCGCGGUACUGGCAGAUUACGCGAACAACACCGGAAACCCAUCAUUUGGUAUGGUCCGCACAGUGCUGGACAUCAUCCAAACACACUAUCCAGAACGCCUCGGCCUUGCGCUCGUUGCACAUCUUCCCUGGCUUUUGAAUACAUUUUUCAAACUAAUGAUGCCGUUUAUGGAUCCCUACACUCGGCAAAAAUUCGUCUUCAACCCUGUCAUCAAUGAGAAUGGUCUUUUUCGGACAACCGCGGACGCUGAAGCUUGGAGUGCCGACAGUGCAUUACGAGUAUUUGAGCCGGACCAGCUUAUCCAGGAGGGCUGGAAUGGCUCCCAGCCGUUUGUGUACUCCCAUGCCGUUUACUGGGAAGCGCUAGUGAAACUAUGUGAGGAGAGGCGGUCUAGCAUGUUCGCGGCGUGGAACCGCAUAGGGGGGAAGGUUGGUACUCGGGAGUGGGAUGUUAAAGUUGCCGUUAGGGACGAGGCAAUGAACACGCAGGUAGAUGCAGAAAUGGUGCCGGCGGAGGAUGGCCAGUUUCAGUCUUGAGGAAACCUUCCGACAGCGGUGGAUGGACAUGUAUGCGACAGAACAGGAAGUCGGAGUACAGAGCUAUCUUUGUAAUCGGCUUUGAGACUCCUGGAAGUUGAUACCAUGUCUUUGGCCAUGCACCCCUGAUAAUGGAACGUACACCACGUACUACAUCUGGCGUGAGGAAAUGGAAUGGGAAUCCCCACAAAACUGCUCAACAAAUUACCAGCGUUCUCAAUUUGGGCUUUGGCGCUUAACGCACCCGAAGUACCUUGGGAUACAAUGACUGACGUAUACAUGAAGUGAAGCCAUGACGCCCCC